UAAUCGGGCGUAGAACAUGGCCUAUCGGGAAACACUCAUCUAUAAUUUUGAGAAACUGUUUACCCAAGUUUGUUUUUACGUUACUAUCAUAUGGGGGGUUAAACCAUGUGAUGUUACGGGAACGAUUUCUUCUGCUGUUCUGUUUAGUUUUGGCUGAUUCGUCGUAUGUUAGCUUGUAUUUAUAGCCGCUUUCAUCAAGUGCUUUUUGGUAUAUGCCGGCGGCUUUGACGAAUUCCUCUUUGUCCGAUGUUACCGGAGAUACAUGUAACAGGUGUAAUUGCCGAAACAAAGAUCAAUGCCCGCUCAACGGUGAAUGUCGCGCCCACGGAAUUGUGUAUUUAGCUAGAGUCAGAGCCGAUAAUGGACAAGAAGUCGCAGUAUUCGUGAUUAGCAUUGUGAAUGCCGUCACACUGAUAGUUCUCUCGGACAUGGUAGAAGAGCCGAAUGCAAAGCCGUUUUUCAGGCAAUGUAUACACAUUGACAAAGACAGCCACCACUCCAGGAGAAUGUACCACAAUGCCUCCAGACAGAAUUCGCAGGAAGUAAAUUCAUGAUACUGUCCACUCUCCUCAGUAUGGGUUGUCUUAAUUAAACGCACAGCACAGGUAGCAAGGAAACAUGGACAUUUCCCCCUAAAUAUCCCCAUCACCAACGGGCCAACUGUCGAUAUCCAAUGUAGCGCAUUCCUCUACAAAAUGAAAAAAUGUGAUACAUUAGCUACAUGCAUAUGUUGUUAAAAUAAAAUUGUUUA